AUAUAUCAUUUUUUGUCCCCAAUGUUGGCUCAAAGAAAAUUCUCACACUUCUUUGAAACCACCUAAUAAAAACCACCCAUGAAUUUCUAGUUCUCUACUUUUAUGAACAUUUUGAGAAAAGCAAAAGAGAAGAGUAAUGGAAGGAGAGAUCAACAACUUCAUAGUGGUAUGGAUCAUAGUCUUUGCUUCCCUAUGUUACUGUCACACCAUAGGUAAGUUUAUCCCCAAAGGUACAACUAGACUCUUUGCUAUUCUUCCUAUCAUUUGCCUCUUUCUCUACCUCCCUCUCAAUCUCACCACCAUCCACCUUGGAGCCACCACUGCUUUCUUCAUAGCAUGGCUUGGCAACUUCAAGCUCCUCCUCUUUGCCUUUGGAAAACCACCUCUCUCCUCCAACCGACCAAUCUCUUUGCCACUUUUCAUCCUUUUUUCUACCUUACCCAUCAAGGUUCAAGAAUCAGAUCUUCUGUCCCACUCUCCUAAAUCACUGGCAAAGAACAUGAUUUGUCUCUCUGACUCUGAUCAGGUAACAAAUAAAGGGUUUGGGACAGGAGAAAAUCGGACAGAAGAUCAGAAAUCUCUAAACACACAAAUAAAGGCAUUCCCAUCUCACCAAACCACCAAAAAGAGCAAUAAAUCACCUUUAAACUAUGCUACAAAGAUCAUGAUUGUAGCUGUGCUUGUGCAAGUGUACAAGUACAAAGACCAUAUUCAUCCCAAGAUCAUCUUGGUGCUUUAUUGCUUCCACAUUUACUUCAUGCUUGAGCUAGUGCUAGCCAUGAUGGCAGCCCUGGCUAGAGCCUUGGCUCGGUUAGAGCUCGAGCCACAGUUCGAUGAACCAUACCUCUCUACCUCACUCCAAGACUUUUGGGGCAAGAGGUGGAACCUCAUGGUAACCAGUAUCCUGCGCCCCACCGUAUACGAUCCUGUCCGCUCGAUUUCGGCCCGUCUGAUAGGACGAAAGUGGGCCCCACUUCCAGCAGUACUGGCAACAUUUAUUGUGUCUGGGGUGAUGCAUGAAUUGAUCUUUUAUUAUACUGGAAGAUUAAAACCCACAUGGGAGGUGAGUUGUUUCUUUCUCAUCCAUGGGGUGUGUUUGGCUGCCGAAAUUGGGAUUAAAAAAGCGUUAAAGGGACAAUUCAAGGUCCCGGCGGUGGUGUCUGGGCCGGCGGCGCUGGCAUUCGUGGUGGUUACCGGUUUGUGGCUCUUCUUCCCGCCGGUUUUACGGUUUAAUGCCGAUGUUAUGGCUAAGAGAGAGACUGCUGCAUUUGUAGAGUUUUUGAAGGAUGUUUUUGGUAGAGUCCCUAGAUUUGGAUCUUUCAAUCUAAUUAGUUCAUAGAUUACAAUAUAAUUCAUCAAAUCAACUAAUAAUAAAAUUGUUUUGAUUUUGUUUUCUUGUUUGUAAUGAUAUUUGGCAUUGGCAUUGGUAUUAGAAAAAUUAACAUAUACAAUUUUAAGUGCGUCCCAA